GAAGAUCUCUGUGUCCCUGGUAUUCCAGUACUUCCUGCUCUGGCCUUUGAAGCAUCAGGUGCCUCCCCCUCCCCCUCCUGCUGACCCUGACCCUGUCCCUGUCCCUGCUCCUGCUUCUGUUAAAUUUGAAGGACUCACUAAAACAAACAAGAUGAAGGUGAAAUGGAGCGAUCUGGGUUUGGCCUUCUUCAUCGUGCUGUCCCUGGUGAUGACAGGGUGCUUCUUCUGGCAAUAUCAGAUGCCAAAACUUCUGCCAGAUGAAGGGAGGGGUCGCAAUGCAGAGUCAGAGAUGAUGUGUCCUCGCUUCCCCGAGCCUCUCCAGCUGUUGCAUCCUAUCCCUAGCCUGAAGGAGGCUCUGGAAAAGGUGGAUGCUUUGCUUCGACAGACCGUCAAUCCCGUCAGCCUUCCCUCACUGUCAGCCAUUGUGAUCUUAAACGACACUGUUUUGUGGACUGGUAACUUUGGAAAAAGGAAUAGCAGUGACCCUCUCUCAGGUGCCCCAAAUGAGUACACAAUUUACAGAAUUGCAAGCCUAUCCAAAAUCUUCCCGACCUUGAUGCUGUACAAACUGUGGGAGGACGGGAAGAUUGGCUCCCUGGAUGACCCUCUGGAGAAAUACGUGGAGAACUUUACCAUCAAAAACCCCCUGGGGAAGUCGCGGGACUCGGAGCUGAAGUACGUGACAGACGGUCUGAUAUUUCUUGACAGUGGGGAGGUUCAGAUCCGCUCCUCCUCAGUCACUCUGCGCAGGAUGGCCAGCCAGCUCUCAGGCUUACCCAGGAGACUACGGGCCACAAGCCUGCUUUGGAAAGGAAAAACACAAACUGCAAUUAAUCUGCUUCAAGAUGAUGUCCUCGUCGCAGACCCAGGCACUAAAUGUCAUUACAGCAACCUCGCCUUCUCACUGUUGGCUCAUGUGAUGGCCGAGCGAGUGGCUGCCGUGGACUACCAGCGCUGGAUCACAGACAACAUCCUGGAUCGGCUGGGAAUGGAGGACACUGGCUUCGACAUCACCCCAGGGCUCCAGAGCCAGGUGGCCGUGGGAGUGUACUCCAACGGGAAGCCGGCGCCGCUCUACGACCUGGGCUGGUACCGGCCCUCAGGUCAGAUGUUUUCCACUGCUGCAGACAUGGCCAAGCUCGCUAUGAUGCUGCUGGGCGCAUAUCACCGCAAGAUGCUAGAGCCAGACUCAUUGAAGAUCAUGCUGACCCCCCUCUUCAGGUGCGAAAAGGACUACUUUGCCAACCGUACUGGGACGCCAUGGGAGGUGAAUGAGUUCAUGGGCUACGAGAUGGUUCGUAAAGAUGGUGAUCUUGACGGGUACUCUGCCACCUUCUCCCUGGUGUCAAAACUGAAGCUCGGUCUGGUGGUGUUAAUGGCUGGUAGCCGGUCUGAGAAGCAGGACCUGGUCACUAAGGCCUACUCCUACAUCAUACCAGCUAUAGAAAGAGCCUUUAGGGAUGCUACAAAGGUCCUUAAUCCUCCGCCAAAACCAGAACCUUACAUCGGCUUUUUCACCUACAGCAACACCUUCUAUGAGAUCAAAGUCGGGCCGGACGGCGUUCUGAUCAUGCAACAGUUUGGGCCUCAAAUUGAAGAGCUGAUCCCAGAGAAGUACAGGAAAAAGCUGAACUACCUGGUGGACCGGGUGUUCAGAGUUGUUUUUGAAAAAGAGUACCCUUGUGUUUUGCAAGUAGGCACAGCCUCAGUGUCCCUGGAAGCCCAAGAUGGCCAGCUUUUUAACUUCUACAUAUUUGACAAGCGUGGUUUGUCCCCUGGCUUCGAUGCACCAGGACUUAACACGUACAAUGUGGUAAGAAUAGCCCGCAGACCGACUUUCUCGAGCUGAACUGCAGUGAUGCUUCGACCUAAAGACAACUGGUAUGUCCUUGGGACAUGUCAGGUGUUGUAAAAAAAAAUGUGAAUACUAAAAGACUAAAUGGAAAAGUUGGUAUCAAUUGGGUGGACAAAGAUAGGAUUGUGCUCUUGAUAAACAAAGAGCACAGAGAGUGACAGCAUAAUGAUUGAUGUCUUGCAAGGGAAAUAUAUGCUUUCUCUGAGAAAUGAUGUACUGUAUAUGACUGUCCUUCAUUAUGGAUCCCAACUGAACAUUCACUUUAUUGAUAUAUGCAUUUGUUUUUCCUGCCUUCUUUCAAACCACUGUAACAUUGUCUUGGUCUUUUCUGUCCUUGAAUUUGA